CUGUGAGAUACGGAAGUACUUAACGCGUGCUUUCCAAACUCCACCAUGGCUCUGAGUUUAUCAGAGCUGCACGUUGGUAAUAUGAAUUUAAUAAAGUAUAUAUUUUAGACGAACGAAAGUCAGAAUAGUACCGUUGUGGACAUGUAAUAUAUCCUUAAUUCUAUCCGUCUAACCAUCAGAUUAAAUAUGGACAAAGAGGCGGCAAUUCUUCAAGGAGGCUUUCUCUCAGCCAAUAAGUUGUGCCAUCCCUCGUCGCUUCGCUCCGUUCAAAAGGGAGACUGGAAGCGUGUGAGACAGCCCAUCCUAGAUGCUGUUGAUGAACUCUGCAAACAAGUUGAAUGCAAUGUUGGCCUGGCCUCAAGCGCCAUCCAAUGCAAGACAAACAUAGUGACCGUUCUGUGGUGCAAACUGCUGUGCAAUGAAAGGAGAGAGGACGUGGAAACCGCCUGGAGGGAGAACCUCUUUUUCGCUUUACAAAGUGGCCUCCCCGAGAUCAAUCGAGUCGUGCUGUUGGAGCUGGUGAAGGAGAGAGCAGCUGCCGGUAUAUACGGGCAGCUUCUCCUCCGUCUACCCGACCCUCAGAUCUGCUCCGAGCUGAGCUUGCUGGUAGAUCAUGUGGUCUGCAGCCCAACCUCAGAGGGUGACAUCGGCCUCCUCCUGGACGUGUGGUGGGAGCUGUGGAGGGGAGGGGUCCGGGGCGAGGAUGGAGGGAUGGGUAUCCCGGAGGACGUCUUUGCCAAUGAGUUUGCACGUCUCACUUCCAAGCCGUCCCUUGAAAACGGUGGCGUGUCACAUCAGGCCGCCAAGAGGUUCAAGUUGGACACAUCUUUCCCUUUAGAACCUCUGUCUUCACUACCAGUGUUGCGGUCCUCACCCCCUUUAGACAUCCUUUACAUGCUACUUCAAACGCUUUGGGACGUAAGAGACUGUAUAGCCACUGCAGACCUCAGCCAGCAAGCCCUUGUAGUCGCCCUUGAUGCCAUCUACACCUCGUUCCUACUUGACCGAGUGGUCAUUCUCACCACAGAGGAAAAAAUGCACUUCCUGACAAAGGUCGUCAGCCUCAAGGAGAAAGAAGACAAAAAAUGGAGCCUGGCGCUUCUCAGAGAGGCCCAGCUUGACCUUCGCACUUGCAGCAAGCCUGCCAAGUUUCGACCCGACAUCACGACACUGCCCCGUGCUCUUCGGAUCAUCACUGAGCUGACGCAGUGUUGGCUGCAGAAGGGUCUUCUGAAAGUGUCUGACAGCGCCGAUCCCAGUAACUCUGCCUUCAGACUACAACAGAGCCUCCAGAGAGGCCUUGUGGCACUGGAAAACGGCACCCUGUACCAGUCAAUGAGCGGAGCAGAAGACCAACAGACGCUGAAAGACUUAGUAACUUUAAUUAGAGGUGUACAGGAUGAGUUUUCUACCUCUCCUGCCGUUCACUGCAGCCCAGAGGCAUGCGCCAGGCUCACCAUGACCAUCAUUGACCACCGCCUGGAGGAGUACUUGGACUUUGCUGCCCUAUUUGCCAGGGAGACCAGUUGGGCUACUAGUGGCAGCGAGUGGACAGACUGCCUGGAAAGGAACCAGGCUGUGUUCCGUAAAAAGGACACUGUUUUUGCACUUGCCACCAUGCUGAUAAGCAUAUGCAGCAGGGAAACUGUGGACGUAAGCCAUUGUAAAAGAAUUUCCAAAAUCAUUGCCAAUAUUUUCUUGGAGCUCCCGCUGGGGGACAAGAACCAGGCGCUGGCCAGCAUGCUGAGGCUGUCCAGCAGGGGGCUCUUCGGGGGACAGCCGCCUCCAGCCUUGGUGCUAGGCUUCGACCAGGAACUCAACAUGGCCUUCAACUGCAUCAUCCAGGGAGGGGACUCGGCGGGCACCAAAGCUGGCUCUCCUGACAACCUGAGCACGGCCACGUCCCUUGUAGCGCGGGUGGCGUUCCAGAACCCAGAGGCAACGCUGCGGAGCUGCUGCAGUGCAGCCAUCUUCAACAAGGGAGCAUUCAUCCUCAUGGCCAAGAUCCUGUUGCAGCUGCCCGGUCUGAGGGGAGGGGGUAUCACAGAGGGGAGUCUACUCUGCUGCUGCCUGCGGGAAGCCAUUGGGAACAAAGCGUUGCUGGCAUGCGAGCAACAUCAGUUUGUGAGGUUUCUGGCGCUGCUGAUGGAGCCGGUCCCAGAGGAUGACUGUGGGGUCGAGGGACGCCACGGGGGGGGUUGCUUUCUCUCUCCCGCAGAUGUUGUUAAAACCUUCGUCCUGCCCCACAUCUUUUCUCAUAACGGUGGCCCAAUAAGUGUGGAGCUGGCUGUGCAGAUACUCCACAGUGCACUGUGUGUGGAGGUCAAGGAGCCCCCUUCCUCUACUCACUGGAUGCUGCUGUGUUCUCCAUUCCCACUACUUUACGUUCUGGCACAGCAUCUCAACCAAGCAUUCAGAUGUUGGGAGCCUCCAGCAGGGGGCACCACCUCACCUUUGUCAUCAGACACCAAGGAGCUGCUGGUGUGGGUUCUGGGCACUCUGGGACAGGCAGUGGGCCGAGUGGUAGCGUCUGAACCAUCCACCUGGUCCAGGGCCCUGUCUUGGCUGUACAGCAAAGUGGAGGACCUUGACUGGACCGUGCGCUUCCACUUCCAGCCUGUCUGGGGAGAGCACUUCAAAAAUGAAGUGCCCUCGUCUCUGCUAGCGGUUUGUGAUCUUGCUGAGCAGGAGUGGUCGGGUUUGGAGCUGCCCAAGUACGGCCAGGGUUCAGGUCUCUUGGCCUGGUUGGAGUGCUGCUGCGUAUCCGACUCCCUGCGGUCCACAAUGCUCUCCCACCUCUGCGUGGACCGCCGUCAGCCCGACCACAUCAACAUGUUUAGCAAGGGCCUGCUGGUGGCCCUGGCCCAGAUGCUGCCCUGGUGCUCACUGUCUGAGUGGCGGCGGCUGCUGGGGGCCCUGGGGGAGCUGCUGGACUCUGGUCUCCUCCACACACCAUACUCCCUUGAGUAUGUGGACUACCUGCCCCUGCUGGACCUGCGCUGCUUCUCCAGCCAGCUGCGCCUCUCUGUUCUGCUGCUGCGUGCCUUACAGUUCCUCUGUGGCUCCAGCUGUGACGGCUGGCUGCCGGUCCAGGGAUGGGCGCACGUGGGCAGGCUGUACGCCUACGCCAUCAGGCAAACACUGGAGGUGCUCAGGACCAAGAUGGGUCUCUCGUCCUCAUCAGUCAGCUCGGCUGACCCGACCUCCGGCUCACCCAAUCCUCCCAAGAGCAAGCCCAGGACCCAGUCCGGAGAGGUUCAACAAUGGAAAGAGGUGGCUCCUGAGAAGUCCUCUUCCAGCCUCCAUCCAAAGUCUACCAAGUCCCCUGCCGUGGUCCACUCUGCAGAGGGAAUAGUGGGAGAUCUAAGUGCUGAGGUUCUCUUUGUACUCGGCCAACUCUUUUGUCAUGUCCAACAUGUCCAGGUGAUGAUGCCUGGUGGACAGUGCGAGGCUUUGUUCCUGUGCGCACUAGAGACCCUGAGCCUGUAUGAGAGCGUCAUGGCCUCCUACCCUGAGAGCAGCUCUCACCUGGAGAGCGCCAACACCAGACACUUCUUCACCACCAUCACAGACAACCUGGAGAGUCAGGAGAUGAAGGUGGUACUGCACCAGAAAAUAGCCAAGCUCUUGUCUUCUAUCGCUUGAAAAAGAAGCCAUGCUCUGCUAUUCCUUUGUUUCAAAUACUGCCCUCAUUACAAGAUUUUUUUGAAAUAUAAAUAAAAAGGUUAUAUCAAAAAAUAA